AUGAACAUCAGGACGUUGGCGAUAUUUCUGCUAGUAGUGUUUUGUAUUGGUCCUGAAGUAGUCAGAGGAGAUGAAGGAGUUUUUGGGAAGAUUAAAUCAGGAUUUGCUUACGCUGGGAAGAUUCUUGGUUUGGAUCGGGCUAGUGAGGUGGCCCAACUUGUCAGUCAAGCAUUCGGAGGAAGAUCCGCUAGGAAAGGAGAUACUGGAGACCCUGGGAAUACAUUAUUCAGUGGGUUCCUGAGGGUUUUAGGGUUUGAUACCAAAAGAAUUGGAGCUAUUGCAGUUAAUGCAAUAAUCUUCAUCGCACAAAUUAUAAGUACAUCAUUAGCAAAACCUCCCCCGGCUUUUGUCUCCUCUGAAAGAAAUUUUGAUGGUACACCUCUGGAUUGGAUGCUGGCCAACUCCCAAGUACAAAGUUAUCUCUCCCACGCCAAAAACAAGAACCUCCCUAAUAGAAUCAUCAAUUAUCUUCAAGAUGGCAACGAAUAUCAGAACACAGGAUGUAUCCAGUUGUUGAUUUGUAAAAGUGCUCCUUUCAUCUGGGGAAUGCAACGCGCCCUCAACGCCAAAGGCAAAAAUAUUAAAAAGGGUAAAGCUGUGUUGACAGAAUAUCUGCCUACGUAUGAUGAAAUUGCUGAUCAUGGAGAUGCUUGUGAAGUUAAGUAUCCUCAUUGUAAACUUUACAUUUAGGAAUAUAUUUAAUUAAUUUAUUUAUUUGACGAUUAACGUAUGUGGAUAAUAAAUAUCUAAGUAAUUA